AAUGCCACAAAACUGGUAGGUGCUCUGUGAUGCCACGUUAUAUUCUACUUCAAUGCUAGUUCUGUGGUAGUGGUGGUAGAGUGGAUACCGAAGGUGUUCUCUGGCCGAGGUCUGCUACUGAGUCUGCCUCGAACUGAGCUUGAAGUUUGCAAAGAAACAUGACACUCUUACAUUUUGCAAGGCUGCAGGGAAACUUUGGGAAUAACUUCAGAAGUCUGCGAAAAUUGAAACUUGGACUUCUUUCCUCCAUAAGAUGUUCAUCAACCACUUUCCCUCAUGCAUUCUCCCCAGUGUUUGGAGGCAUUGAAGAGCAUUUAAACAAGCUUGCUGUGGUUGAUGGACUUGGUUCGCACACGUAUGGUGAUCUACUUAGCUUUAGCCAGCAAAUCCAAAAAGAUAUAUCCAAACUUGCAAGCUCAUGCGAUCAAAUGCGAAUUUCAUAUUUGUGCCCUAGUGAUGUUCGAUAUGUUGCCACACAGUGGGCUUGCUGGCUUGGUGGUAAUGUAGCUGUGCCUCUAUACCAUCAACAUCCAGAUGCCAUGCUGGAAUACUACAUUAAAGAUUCACAGACAUCAAUUUUGCUCACAACCAAAGAAUAUAAGGAACGCAUCGUGAAGCUUUCUGACAAACUUUCUCUCCCUUAUGUUGUAAUUGAUGGACCAAGCAAAGAAAAGGCUGAAGGUAUUGAAAGCAAAGAUUGGGAAAAUUUGAAAGAACAAGAUGCUCUGAUGAUGUAUACCAGUGGGACAACAGGGCCUCCAAAAGGAGUUGUUCUUUCAUUUAGAAAUGUACACUUUCAAGUGGCACAGAUCAGGAAGGCCUGGGAAUGGACCCCUGAAGAUGUGAUGCUACAUGCCCUGCCACUUCAUCAUACGCAUGGAAUUAUAAGUGGAUUGCUCACCCCAUUGUACUCUCGUGCUGCUUGUAUGAUGCUGCCCAAGUUUAACCCUGCAGAGGUGUGGAAACAUCUUCUUCAUCUGGAUAAGAGCAAGCCGGCAGUUACGGUCUUCAUGGCUGUACCCACUAUGUACGUCAAGCUGAUUGAGCAUUACGAGCAGCACUUGAGACACCACAAAGAGACAGCGCCAAAUGUGGUCCGGGACACAUUCGCAAAAAAUAUUAGGUUCGUCAUUAGCGGUUCAGCUUCUCUCCCACAGCCCAUAUUUGAAAAAUUUCAUGACAUUACCGGCAUGACUAUAUUGGAAAGAUAUGGAAUGACUGAAGUUGGUGUACCAUUAUCCAAUCUCCUGCAUGGCAAAAGACAUCCCGGAUGUGUGGGAUACCCUACAGCAGGUGUUGAAGUGUGCAUUGCUGAAGCGGAUGACUCUAAGAUGGGAUACAAGCCUGUGGUCUUGAGUGCAAAUGCAGAGACAAAGUACCUCGAAGGGUCGGAAAACAACAGCGGCGAACUGCUUAUUAGGGGCCCUAAUGUGUUCAAAUACUACUGGAACAGGCCAGAAGUAACCAAAGACUCAUUUACCCAGGAUGGCUGGUUUAAAACAGGUGACAGUGCUGCAUGCAUUGAUGGUGUCUACAAAAUCCUGGGACGAACAUCAGCUGAUAUCAUCAAGUCUGGUGGUUACAAGGUCAGCGCACUAGACGUAGAGCGCCAUUUGCUGGCGCAUCCAUCUAUUAAAGAAUGCACAGUAGUGGGAGCCCCUGAUGCCACGUGGGGUGAGCGUGUUGCUGCAAUAGUUGUCUUGCAUGAGCCGUCAGCUGCACUAGAGCUUGAAGACCUCCGAAACUGGUGUAAAGAGCGCAUGCCCACAUACAACGUACCCAGUAUUCUGCUGUGUCUGCCUGCUCUAGAACGUAAUUUUCUAGGCAAAGUCAAUAAGAAGGAACUGGUAAAAAAGUUGUGGCCUGCUCCACAGCAAUAGCGUGCACGCUCAUUAAAUUGUUUUAGAAAUUGAAAAAUAAAGAAUUGGAAUAUCUGAAA